UAUGGGGAUCACCAGCACCAAGCUGCUAAUAAACUUCCAAUUUUUUUAGGCUCAAACUAAAAUUUCAAUGGGAAUUUCAUCAUAUUUUUUUCCAAUGAUACCUUUCUUGAUGCUCAUAUUAAUCACUGGUACCUUGCAUGCUAAUGGGUGUUAUACAUCAAUCAUAAGCUUUGGUGACUCAUUAGCUGAUACCGGAAACCUAAAACAACUCAACUCUAAAUCAAACAGUCAACCGCCACACUUCCUCUUUCCACCUUACGGCGAGACAUUCUUCCAUAAACCCACCGGUCGAUGCUCCAAUGGUCGCCUCAUCAUCGAUUUUAUUGCUGAGAGUCUAGGGAUACCGUUGAUACCUCCAUCUCAGGACGUUAGAGAAAACAGUUUGAUCGAGAAAGGUCAAGGAGUGAAUUUUGCAGUGGCGGGUGCGACCGCAUUGGAUUCAUCGUUCCAUGAAGCACAAGGGGUUGUCAAUCAAUAUACAAAUGCGUCUUUAGGUGUUCAGAUGGAAUGGUUCAAAUAUUGGUUGCCGUCUGUUUGCAGCACUCCCUCAGAUUGCAAAAACAUACUUCGAACUUCAUUAAUUCUUAUGGGCGAGAUUGGAGGUAACGAUUACAAUCACGCAGUAAUUGCUGGAAAACCCAUUAAUGAGCUCAAGUCAUACGUUCCGCUUGUUAUUAAUACCAUCAUCUCGAGUAUUAACGAACUCAUUGAGUUAGGGGCAGAAACACUUGUGGUCCCAGGAAACCUUCCAAUUGGUUGCUCUGCGGCAUAUUUAACGAUCUACUAUGGUUCCGAUAAGGCAGAUUACGACAACAAAACAGGUUGCUUGACUGCACUAAACAAAUUUGCUGAGUGGCACAAUGAAUUACUCCAAACAGCAUUGACUCAAAUUCGGGAAGUACAUCCUAAUGUCAAUAUCAUCUAUGCUGAUUACUAUAAUGCCGCAAUGCAGUUUUUUCGCUCUCCAGAAAAAUACGGAUUCACAAACGGAGCUCUAAAGGCAUGUUGCGGAGGUGGAGGACCUUAUAACUACAAUGAGCUGGUAGAGUGUGCGGAUCCGUCGUCAACGACAUGUGCUCAACCAGAAACGUACGCUAACUGGGAUGGGUUGCACUUAACAGAAGCAGCAUAUCAUGUGAUUUUCAAGAGUUUAUUUCAAGGAACAUAUACAACACCACAGUUUAAUUCUUUGUGUCCUACUUCAAAUGUAAAAGUAAGAGAUGCAUCAUCAAGUUUAGUUCAAAGCUCUUAGUACAAGUUAAUGAAGCUUGAAAAGGAGAUGGUUUUUUUCUUUUUGUAAAAAAAUGUGAUUUACAUUUAACGCAGUGUGAUGUGUAGUUGGAUGUGUAUAUAUACAUGCCCUGUUCUAUGAA